CUGUGGUGAGACUAAGUACUUUUGUUACCAUUUACUUCCGUCAAGCGUCAUAYAAACUUCAGUAAGCCACGAUUAUUACGUGACUUACAAUACGCGUUGUUUCGACGGCUCACACUCACCAUGGAAUCUUUGGACGACGAGAAGACUCGCCCCGCUGAAGCAGAAGAUAGAAAGAAUAAAAGAGUUGAUUUUGACGAUCUUCUGGCACUGGUCGGCGGGUUUGGCAGAUACACUGCCUGUCUAUAUGCAUUUAUGUGUUUUGUCUCUGUACCCACUGGAGCUCAAAAUUUAGUUCAAGUUUUUUAUGGUGCAACGCCAGAAUUUCGUUGUUCGGCUCAAAGCGAUGUUUCCUUCACAAAUAUUACAUCGUGUGCAGUUGAUAGUUGCUGUAGGAAUUGCUCAAGCUAUAAUUUUAAAGCUACGUUCACCAGCGCUGUGACAGAGUGGAACCUGAUUUGUGAUCGAUCACAUCUCAAAGCGAUGACUCAAGCUAUAUACAUGGCUGGUCUUCUUGUUGGAUCGUUUCUUUUUAGUUUUCUUUCAGACAGGUUUGGUAGAAAACAUUCAGCAUUUGCCAGCAUUUCACUCCUGGUGUUUUGUGGUACGGCGUCUGGGUUCCCUGACUGUCUAUCAUUGUUUGCAAUACUUCGUUUCUUUUCUGGUAUGGCCAAUGCUGGCUGCCUAUUGGUUCGUUAUGUUUACUGCAUGGAGUUAGUGGUUACCAAACAUAGGACCGCUGCGGGUUUCCUGAGUAAUAUCUUUGUCAGUAUUGGGUUUUCUACGUUAUCUCUACUGGCUUAUCUAAUACGCGACUGGCGAUAUCUCAUGGUUGCUGUCUCACUACCCRCUGCUCCUCUCAUAUUCUUUUGGAGAGUAAUCCCCGAAUCUCCACGUUGGCUAAUUGCUAAUGAUCGUCUUGACGAGGCCCAUGCAGUUCUACAGAAAUUUGCUGUAAAGAAUGGAGUUCCUGUCGAUUCUGAUCGUUUACGUCAGAUGAUACAAGAGGCGAAGAGUGGUGAAAGGAAGAGCAAAGUUACGCAUACUAAUAGAAUUAUGGAUCUAGUGAGAACACCAAAGCUUCGUAAAAGGACUUUGAUAUGCACUUUUAAYUGGUUUGUUAAUGCCGUGGUAUUUUUUGGUAUAAACUUAUAYGUGAAAAACCUUGGUGGAGAUCUUUACUUGAAYUUCUUUCUUUUGUGCAUCAUCGAAAUUCCAGGUGCAUUAUUGUGCUGGUUCUUACUUGGUCGUUUCGGUCGUCGAUUUCCUUACUGUGCAUUUGAAAUCAUUGGAGGAGUUGCAUGUAUGCUUGUACUUGCUUUCCCGACCACUGACUCAUAUCGUCCUGUGAUAACCACGCUAGCCAUGAUUGGUAAAGUUUGUGUUUCGAAUAAUUUCCUGGCUGUUUAUGUGUUUACUGUCGAACUGUAUCCCACAGUCAUUAGGAAUCUAGGUCUUGGUACUGCCUCGAUGAUGGCUCGUUCUGGAGGGAUUCUGGCCCCUUAUUUUGUGCUGCUUGCCGAUCUCCCCAGUGUUGAUAGAACUCUUCCGUUAGUCUUGUUUGGUGUACUUGGUAUUACAGCAGGGAUCUUAGCUUUAUGGCUUCCUGAAACACUCUUCUAUCCUAUGCCACAAACUGUACAACAAGUCGAAGACUGGCCAGAAGAUUACAAAGUCAAUUUCUUCAGAAAACCGCAUCACGAUCAAGAGGAGUUCGAGAUGAAAAACAAGGAAAAAGAAAGAGAAGCCAUGUUGUGAAUAUCUURACAGUUUCGAAAAAAACAUGCCCUAGUAUGUCAUGGAAACUAAAUAUUAUGAAAAAUCGAAAGCUGAUGUCUAGUAUAACGGUCGAAUAUUGUUCAGUUGAAACUGAAAAUUGUCUGCGUCUAGAUGUGCAUGUUAAUGUUCGCAUGAAAUUUUAUCAGUUCACAUAAAAAUCAAGUUAACAAUAUUUUAAUGGUGUGUGCAGACGCGCCCUGAGCACAAACCCUCAUAGACGCUCUAGGAGUGUUAGAAAGUCAAUCAGGAGGCUAAAGUAGCAUCCUCCGCAUGCAUUCCGUCAGCUUUUCGGCUUUUUGAUGUUUUGAGAUAAGAGUGAGCAUCGUGUAUCAUGGGGUGGGCCGAGGGAAACCUAUAUAAUUUUCUUAUAAUCAUAUAUAGUCCACAAUGAGUAUGCAACGACAAUUCAUUGAAAAUAAAAAGUUUUGUUAUU